AUGGCUAAAACGAGGUGGAUCGUCGCGCAUUGGUCUUGGGUUGCUGCCGGUCGAUCAACUCGAAAGAGCCGGGAGCUGCAAUGUGUGUGUGUGUUCAUCCCGAGCCGUCUUGGCUGUCCAUCGGUUCGGCCCGCGAAAGUUGAAGGAGCUCGUCGACUGAAAUCGCUGACCGGGCUUGCUGUGCGCGGAUUGUAUUAUUUUUGGCAGGUUUUGUUCGGCUCAGAUCAGGCUUUCCCCAAUCAAUCACAAACACCCUCACCAGCAGCUGCCUUAGUGAUCUCCGGAUUCCCAGUCUCUCAGUCCACCCACCUCAGGCCGUCGACCUAG